GAAGGAGAACGAUUCCGGCUGGUGCCAGAGCCAAGGAGGCUUUGGGCUGAGACAGGGGAUGAGCCCAGGGGAGCCCGGGUGACAGCAGACAGGCAGAAGUCAAACGGCUCUGCGGGUGUCCAGCAGGGCCUGCCUGCCUCCUACCAAGCUCUGUGCUCUACCCCGUUCCCACAGAGAUGUCGCUGGCAGCCAGGCCCCAGCUCCUUACCCAUGGCUGCCAGCUCCCUUUGUGAGAGAAACAGGAAGUUGGGGCCGUGGUCAGCUCUGCUGCACCCUCUACAUCAAAUAUUUAUCUUGGAGUCCAGGUCAGAGCCCUAGAGAAUUAGAGAAGCUCGCUGCUGGUGAGAAGGGGCAUGACCAGGGUUCCUGGAGUUGGAAUAUCUUCAGCAUCACCAUCUUUGGAGAACAAGGAAGAACAUGAAAGAGAUGCAGCCCUUCCUUGUCCCGAGGACCGUGACAGAGGACGUGCAGAACAGCUGCUGGCGCACCCGGUGUCCUCCGACCUUGACCCAAGUAUGCAGGCCCCACCCUACAGCCUCCCGGCUGGGCUCAGCCUGGACGACUUCAUCCCUGGCCACCUCCGGACCCACGUAGGGUCAUCCUCCAGGGGAACUCGGGUGCCUGUGAUCCGGAAUGGUGGCUCCAACACCCUUAAUUUCCAGUUCCAUGACCCUGCGCCCAGGACUGUGUGCAAUGGGCACUUCCCACCGAGGAGAGAUGCUUCCCGGCACCCAGACCCUGCCUGGUAUCAGACCUGGCCAGGCCCUGGGAGCCGGCCCUCGGGGACCCAGAAGACCCCCACCACCCAGCACCCCCAGAACUGGUCAGCGACAUGGACCAAGGACGGCAAACGCCGGGACAAGCGCUGGGUCAAGUACGAGGGCAUCGGGCCCGUGGACGAGAGUGGCAUGCCUAUUGCCCCCCGAUCUAGUGUUGACAGUCCCAGGGACUGGUACCGGAGAAUGUUCCAGCAGAUUCACCGAAAAAUGCCAGACCUGCAGCUGGAUUGGACCUUUGAGGAACCACCCAAAGUGGCUUCUUCCUGUGCCACCUCUGCAGACUCAAGGCACCCAGGGCCCCUGCACAGACCCGCCUCCAGGCCAGGCCAGGCCACCUCUCUGAGCGGAAGAAGCUGGGACUGCUCUGAAGAGUUUCCUAGAAGCACCUUCCACUGUAAUCCUGGAGCAUCCUCCAACCUGUCCCAGACCCCAAAUCAGCUGCCCAGACGCCGCGAGAAAGCGGACAACAUCUGGACGGAAGAAUCUUGGAACCAGUUUCUGCAAGAACUGGAGACUGGGCAGAAGCCCAAGAAACCUCUGGUGGAUGACCCUGUGGAGAAGCCCUCCCAGCCCAUUGAGGUCUUGCUGGAGAGAGAGCUGGCCAAGCUGAGCGCGGAGCUGGACAAGGACUUGCGGGCUAUUGAGACCCGGCAGCCAUCCCCCAAGGCGUCCCAGGCGCCCCGACGGUCCCAGGAGCCGCGGCCCCCCGCGCGCCCCGCCUCCGCCUGGAGCCCCAGCUUCCCGAAUGCACUUUACCGGGGUUCCUCCCGACCCCUGAGCCCCCACAGAAUGGCGGAUGGAGGAAGCCCCUUCCUAGGCCGUAGGGAUUUUGUCUACCCUUCCUCAACCCGAGACCCUAGUGCCUCCGAACGAGGGGUCAGUCCUGCCAGGAAGGAAGAAAAGAAGAGGAAGGCUGCCAGGCUCAAGUUUGACUUCCAGGCACAGUCCCCCAAGGAGCUGACCCUGAAGAAGGGUGACAUCGUCUACAUCCACAAGGAGGUGGACAAGAACUGGCUGGAGGGGGAACACCAUGGCCGGGUGGGCAUCUUCCCUGCUAAUUACGUGGAGGUGCUGCCUGCAGAUGAGGUCCCCAAGCCCCUCCGGUCCCCGACCUACCAGGUGCUGGAGUAUGGAGAAGCGGUGGCCCAGUACAAUUUCAAGGGGGAUCUGGAGGUGGAGCUGUCCUUCCGAAAGGGGGAACGCAUCUGCCUGAUCCGAAAGGUGAAUGAGAAUUGGUACGAGGGGCGCAUCUCGGGCACAGGGCGCCAGGGCAUCUUCCCUGCCAGCUAUGUGCAGGUGUGCCGUGAGCCUAGGCUCCGAGUCUGCGACGAGGGCCCUCAGCUCCCUGCGUCGCCCCGUCUGACCACUGCCCGGCUGGCCGCCCGUCACCCCAGCUCCCCAGUAAUGCCGCGCAGUCCAACUGACCUCAGCGACUGCGGGGGCCGGACCUCCCCCCGCCGCACUGGCUUCUCCUUCUCCACGCAGGAGCACAGACCCCAGGCCCAGAGUCUCAGCACCCCUGGGUCUUCUCUGUCUCAUUCUGGAGGCUCCAGCCGUCCCCUGGACCUGGGAACCUCCUCACUCCACACCACUCAGAUACACUGGACCCCGUACCGGGCGAUGUACCAGUACAGGCCCCAGAACGAGGAUGAGCUGGAGCUGCGGGAGGGGGACCGGGUGGAUGUCAUGCAGCAGUGUGACGACGGCUGGUUUGUGGGUGUCUCCCGGAGGACCCAGAAAUUUGGGACAUUCCCUGGAAAUUAUGUAGCUCCAGUGUGAGAGGUCUCCGCGGCAACUCAGAGCCCAGCUGAGACGGGGCGGGCGGCAGCGGCACUUCUCGGCGCAGGGAGCACCCCUCCUCCCCUCCCCAGGACCUGGCCGCUGGCAUCCGCAGACACCCCAGAAGCCUGUUCCCUGGAGCCCCUCGAAGCCCCCUGGGCCGAUUUGCACCCACAGCACACAGGCAUUCCUCCCACAGUCCUUUUGUGUCCUCCCCUCCCCGACCCCCCAAAUACAGAGUCUGCUCUGAAGUGGAGAUGCUCUCCAGGCCUUAUUGAGACCAGACCCCUGAAUCCCCCGCCCCCACCCUGCUACGUUUCCUCUAACAGGGGCCGGCUCCCAGCUUCACCCCCACGGCCUUCCUCUAGCAAGGACCAGCUUCCUAACCUGAUGGAGACCAAAGGCCACCGCCUGGAGGGGGUUCCACCCCUUUGACUCCAGCUCGCCUGCUGCCCCUUUGCCUUCCUGCUUCCAGCUGGACCUGGGAGUGAAGUGGGGGUGGGCGCAGCACCUCCUUGGUAUUUGAGGCCUGGCCAGGGGUCUUGCCCGAAGGCCCCCCCCGCCCAAAGGCUGCCCAGCCCUGGGCCUGGGCUGCGUGUCUGUUUUGCUGCUGUGGCGCCCAGGAAGGAGGGGCCCCCGAGGCCUGGCCCACCCCAGACUUUUCCAGGAGGCCAGCGCGUGCUGCCCUCCUGCCUCCCCACCCUCCCCCAGCCCCAGGCUCCCCCUGGAGGAGAAUAAAAUAAAACCCGGAC